AGGCGGAGUAGGCGAAAGCACCCCCCCCGCUCUCUCUCUCUCUCUCUCACACACACACACACACACACACAACUCUCUGUGUGUGUGCAAGUGUGAAGGUUCCAUGCAAAUGCGUGUUAGAAAGAGGAACUGCUGGUCAGAAGGCACAGAGAAGCUCUUUACAGAAGCUUCAGGAUUCAGGAUCUUCAGCUUGUAUAUAUUAGAGUAAAGCCUCGCGCUGAUGAUCAAACUUACCUGAUUGAAUCCGACUGACAGGAGACUGAUGGAUCUCUUCCUGUUCGUGGUGCGAGAUUUUUAAAACCCUGUUUUUAUUUAUUUAUUUAUUUAUUUUAAAAUAAAACAAAAACCAACCAAAAAAAAGCUCUUUAAAGGCCUGCGAGUGAAGACACACUUCCGGGAAACCUCGCUACGACACCACAGUUUUGAUUCCACAGUUGCUGGGACUCUGAGGGAGCGUUGCUGAGAUGGCUGAUGGAAAAUUGGGCUUGGAGACCCUGAGCGAGGACGUGCUGAACAAACUCGCAGAGAUGCUGGACAACUCAAACUGCAGCUGGAGGCAAUUGGCAGAAGCAGUUAAAGAGCAGCCACAAUUCUGCUACAGUGAGAAGGAGAUGACCAGCUGCUCUCUCCAGGUGCUCAACGCUCGUGGCAGUCCUGGCCGAUACCUGCUGACUCUGCUUGCUGACAGGAAGUGCACACUGGCCUACUUGCUGCAAUGCCUUAGAAAGAUCGAACACCAUGGGGCUGUCAACUUCCUCACGGCAUAUAUGUUGCCAAUAGAGAUAACGACUAAUCCUCAGAAUGUGCAAGUGCCGAAGGGCAGCUCAGUAACCCUCAGCUGCAUAGCCAAAGGUCCACCGGGACUCAGCUACCAGUGGUUCAGAAAGGAAGACGAGCUGCCUGGUGCGAAUUUGCCAGAUCUGAUUCUGAACCCGGCUCAGGAAGGUGCCUACAUUUGUCGCGUCAAUGCUGGGGAGAUGUACGCGUUCAGUGCGUGGGCUCAUGUCCGACUGCUGCGCUCUGCCGAUUCAGGCUCUGUCAACUUUCCAUCAUCAGUGAGUGGACUGUGUAUAACACAGCAGCCCAAAGCUCAUGUGCUGUCUGAGGGUGAUGCCUUACAUCUGGAAUGUUCUGCCCAGGGCAACCCACCUCCCCAGUUUCAGUGGUACCACAACAAGCAACCUUUUCAGAAUGCCACCAGACAGAUCAUAAAGAUUCCGUGUGUAACCACAGCAGACAGAGGCAUCUAUAGCUGCAGAGUGUACAAUCUUUAUCAUGAGAUGUGGAGUGAAAACGUGCAAGUAGAAAUUGGUCCUGGGUCCUGCACUGGAGGCUACUGGGAAACAGAUGAUGGACAUAAAGCCAGUUCUCUUCCACGACAGAUGGGGGAUUUGUAUGCCACAGACAAGGUCGCACUGCUGAUGGGGAAUAUGAAUUAUGCACACCACCGCGAGCUCAGAGCUCCCAUGGCUGACGUAUAUGAGCUGAGCAACCUCUUGCGGCAGCUCGACUUCAAGGUGGUCUCUCUGCUCGACCUCAACCGGCAUGAGAUGCAUCGAGCCGUCUGCGAGUUCCUGCUGCUGCUCGGCCGUGGAGUCUACGGGCUGCUUUAUUAUGCUGGACAUGGCUAUGAGAAUUAUGGAAACAGCUUCAUGGUGCCUAUAGAUGCUCCGGCCUCGUACACCUCGGAUCACUGUCUCUGGGUGCAGGACGUUUUACAGCGCAUGCAGGAGCGCCAGACCGGCCUCAACGUCUUCUUGCUGGACAUGUGUCGCAAACGAAACUUGAACGAUGACAUCAUCCAGCAGCCUGGACCGCUGAAAGUCACAGCAAACAUUGUGUUCGGCUAUGCCACAUGUGUUGAUGCUGAGGCUUUUGAGGUAAACAAAGAUGACCUGUCCAAUGGUAUAUUCAUGAGCUUCCUGAAGAAGAGACUGAUGGAGCAGGAGAAGGUCACCGUCAUGCUGGACCGAGUAGCAGAAGAUAUGGGGAGGUAUGAGUUGACUCGUGGACGGCAGGCCCUGGAGCUGCGCAGUAACCUUUCUGAGCGCCGGACUUUAACGGAUCGCAUUCAGGCACCAGAUUGUCCAGUCAUGGCAUCAACACGUAACUUGCAGUGGUCUAUAGCACAUGCUCUGCCAGAGAGUCGUGUGCUUCAGUUUGACUGCGGCGUGAAGGUACAGCUGGGUUUCGCCGCUGAAUUUUCUAAUAUCAUGAUCAUCUACACUCGGAUACUGGAGACACCCCCAGACAUCAGUACCUGCUCCGCCCAGCUGUCUGAUUUCACUGAGGGCCCAGAGAUCGACCUUAAGCAUACCAAUCAAGCGAGUCUCAGAGAUGCUGGGAGUUUGCUGUUAGUCAUGGACGAUCUUCUACCACAAGAACAGCCGCGACUCUUCACUCGUCUUUGUGCACUGCAAAGACUCAAGAGCGAGCUGUCGUUCACUGUUUGUCUGCACUAUCAGUACAUUCAUCUUGAUGAGGAGGUUCAGGAACGGCGAAUAAUAACUGUGGGCAAACCCCUGGUUUCCAAACUGAACCUGCACGAACCACAGAGAUUCCCCACUUCAUUGGCAUCAUUCUCGUCUGAUCUUCAGUCUGUAAACAUGCCAACGUACUCGUCUUUUGCUCAGGAUCUGCAAACCAGUUUGCCUUCCUUAGAUGUUUCCUACACUGAAUCAGCCGAUUCCUGCUUUUACCCACAAGCUGGAUUCUCUUCUGCUUCUGAUCUGAAGAGGAGAAAUGAACCCGAGGAGAACAUCAGCCCUGAGUUCCUCACGUCAGAGGAAGCCAGAGAGUCCAAAAGUUUCACUCACACUAGUGCUGACAAACCUUUCAAAUUCAGCAACUUUCAUUCCUUCUAGUGUAAACGUGUGCUAGGUGACCUUAUUUUCUGUUGAUGUUUAACUCAAAAUGGUGUCAGCUGUCCAGUGGUGGAUUCCUUGUAUGGCCACAAGGCAUUUUAAAAAACAUAAUUCAUACAUUUAGGGUGCUGAAUGUAUAUUAUAUAGUAUAUUGUUUAAUAAUCAAUUUUUCAAAAGAACUUAAAAGUUAUGUGUAUAAAUGUCUCCCAUGAACAUGACGGACAUACAGAGUCUAUCGGUAAAAGAUCAGUUUAACUUAUAUCAUAUUUUGAAAUAAUGAUAUCUUAGAGAUGUUUUUGAAAAUUGUAAAAUGUUUAUUUCCUCUGUUCUAACAGGAAAUUGUAUUAGAGACAGGUGAAAAACAUGAAAUACUUGAGAUGAUAAGUAGCUGAAGAGGUCUUAAGAAUGAUAUCUUAAUAUACAUAUCUUAAUAUACAAAAUGCUGUAUAUUGUUACAAUAGAGUUAUUAAUAUAUUUGUUUUUGGAUAUAAACAAAAAUCUUAAUAUCCAAAAAAGCUAAAACUCUGUUUUACCUUUAAAUACACCAUGGACAUGGAAUGAAUCGUCACAAAGAACUGCCUAUUUUUUUUAUUAUUAAUUUUCAGUUGUAAUACUGUCAGGCUAUGCAAUAUGUAAUAUGUUGUAUUAAUGAUCUGCAUAAGGAAUUUUAUACCAUAGACUGAUUGCAUUUCUAUGAGUCGUAUGCAGGUAAAAACCAUUGAUCACAUAUUUAUAAAAAAUUUUUUUUUUUUACAUUUUUUAAGGUAAUUAAA